AUAUAAAUCUAACUGCGUUACUGGCUCGUCCACCAUUUUGGGAUUCUAUGGUUGCUCUUGCCUAGUCAUUGCAAUCUCAUCGCUUCUCAAAGAUGUCUGACCAGCUUUGUAAACUCUUCGUCGGAGGCCUCAACGUGGACACAGACGACGAUGGCCUGCGUAAGCACUUCGAGCAGUACGGGGUUCUGACCGACUGCGUUGUGGUGGUGAACAAGCAGCUGCAGAGGUCUCGCUGCUUCGGCUUCGUCACCUACUCGACGCCGGAGGAGGCAGACGCAGCCAUGGACGCUAGGCCGCACAACGUCGACGGCAACUCGGUUGAGGUGAAGCGGGCCAUGUCGCGAGAAGACGCCAACAAGCCUGAGGCCCUCGCUAAGGUGAAGAAAAUAUUUGUCGGUGGCCUGAAAGACGACAUCGAAGAGGAUCACCUGACCGAAUAUUUCUCACAAUAUGGUCAAAUCGAAAAGUCUGAAGUCAUCUCUGAGAAAGAUACCGGUAAGAAGAGAGGCUUCGGCUUUGUUUACUUCACCGACCACGACGCUGCCGACAAGGCUGUGGUAGUGAAGUUCCACACCAUUAAUGGACAUAAGGUGGAGGUGAAGAAAGCCCUCACCAAGCAAGAGAUGCAGGCGGCAAAUAGAUCCGGCAUGGCGCCUCGAGGAAGGCCGGGCCGCGGCAUGAGGGGAAGUCAAAAUGGCUUCAGUGGCAGAGACUAUGGCGGAAACUACAACUACGGAAAUGGCGGAGGCUACAAUGGCGGCGGCGGAGGAGGAGGAGGGUAUGGUGGCUAUGGAGGACAUUAUGGUGGUGGCUACGGAGACCAAGGAAGCGGCUAUGGUGGCGGAAACGGCUACAACGACUUCGGCUCCUAUGGCCAACACGCCUCUGGCUACGGUCCCAUGAAAGGAGGACCCUUCGGAGGUCAGAGGAACCCUGCCCCCUACACCCGGGGAGGUGGCGGCGGCGGCGGCUACCCGAGAGGCGGCGGCUACUGCGGCUACUAGAUCACCCCCCCGUAUCGAUUCCCUCCAGCCAGGAUUUGGACGUCAAAAGUUAAUCACUAAGGGGUGUCGUUUGUCAUGGCGGACCCCGUAAACAUAAUGAAGACCUCAAAGCCCCGAACAGGUUGCUAUGGUAACCUGGUCAGGAGAGCGGCACCCUGAUGGUGAUGUGGGUGUGCGGGUGCACAUCCACAGGGGAGGACCCAGAAGGUGGUUGUCUUCUCCCCUCAGGUGAAGUCCCAUUUCACUAAGGACCUGCCCCCGUUGGCUUCUAGAUGGGGGUCAUCUUGUUCCCUACUGGUGAUGCUUGGUUGAGAGUGAACGUGCAUGCAGACCCCAGUGCCAACAAAAGAGAUUUUGUAUCAAAUAUAUUAUGUUUCCCACAGGACUGCAAUCUACUUGGGGCUUUGGGAGUAGGCUCUAGAAGACGUUAUGGAUUUGCUUAACUGGCCACGAUGAAAGUGCAUAUGAUUUUUUGAUUGUUGUGGGAGACAAAGUGCGUCAAACAUGAAUAGCAAAACAAAUACGUUUACAAUACAAAGGGAUUUUUCUCAGGCUUUUUAGUCGCUAGCAAGGCUGGAAUCUCAGGGUAUCUGACAAUAUUUUCAUUAUAGGAUGAAAAACAAAAAAAUGCCUUUAUUUUUGCUGCACAAUUUAAAUCAUAAUAGAAAUGGCAUCAAGUACAAAUAGCAAACGCUGAAAAAUUACUCCCAACAUACCUGUAAAUGGUUUUUGUUUUGGGUGUCUCAGCUCAUGUCUUAGUAGCUCAAAUAAGUAGAAACCUACCAAAAAUAUUUAGUGUCAGUCUGUCCCAGAUGGUCCGACUCUAACUGAAACACUCCUGAUUUUGUUUUCCCGCAAGAAAUAAAGCACAUUCAGACACCCCAAAAUAUCCAUCCAUCAAUUUUCUAUGCUGCUUAUCCUUGCUAGGAUCGUGGGUGUGCUGGAGCCUCUCUCAGCUGUCUUCACGCAAGAGGCAGGGCACACUCUGGACUGGUCACAGGCCAAUUGCAGGACACAUGCUAACGUAUAUUUUUGGACUGGAGUACCCGGCGUAAACAUGACAGACGCUCAAGCGGCGAAUAGAACCCAGGUUUUCCUGAUGAUCUGUGUGGCCUACAUCCUAACCACCCAUUCACUGUGCGGCACCAAAAAAUAUCAAAACACUUCCAUAAUUAGUUUGCAUGCAGAAAUAAAACUGGAAGUGCACUUUUACCUAGACUGUUGACAACUGUGAGGCAGCAAGAUUCAGACAGACGUAAACUUAAUUGGACAUAAUCCAAAAAUAGGCUAACCGGAUGGAUUUCGAUCUAUAGUAGUCCUGACAUACCGGUACCGGCUGUUUAUUUGAAGAAUUUGUAUUUUAUUUUUAAGAUAUGCCUCUAUUCGUCCCUCAGUGGGGAAAUUUGUAUUGCACAGCAUCAAGAGUACAGAGUCUGUUAAGCAGUACAAAAUACACAAUAUAGAAAAAUAAACAACCCAAGUAUUAACAAAAUCUACAGUUUUUCCCAGAGUUAUAUACAAUAUGGUAUGUAGAUAUGAAGCGAAAUGAGAUAUAUGACCAGUCUAUACACUGAGAUCUUGUUAGAGAGUUAAUAUGAGGCAUUAUGGAAACAUUUUCAUGGCAGUCUUGGGAGCCAUCAGGCCAGAAAAAAAGUUGCUACAUUUAUAAUUAGUCGCAUUCAUUCAUUUUCUACCGCUUUUUCCUCACGAGGGUCGCGGGGGUGCUGGAGCCUAUCCCAGCUGUCUUCGGGCGAGAGGCGGGGUACACCCUGGACUGGUGGCCAGCCAAUCACAGGGCACAUAUAGACAAACAACCAUUCACACUCACAUUCAUACCUAUGGACAAUUUGGAGUGGCCAAUUAACCUAGCAUGUUUUUGGAAUGUGGGAGGAAACCGGAGUACCCGGAGAAAACCCACGCAUGCACGGGGAGAACAUGCAAACUCCACACAGAGAUGGCCGAGGGCGGGGACCGAACCCUGGUCUCCUAGCUGUGAGGUCUGCGCACUAACCACCAGACCGCCGUGCCGCCCAUAAUUAGUCACAUUUUAAGUAAAAUGUAGAGGGGUCUGAAUAUUCGCUAAAUGUAGCUACCAGAUCUCUAAGUAAACACUGAUCCCUCCUGCAAUAUGUUCUUAUUCUCUGACAAACCAGGUGCGUUAAGCAAGUUAGGAUGCCCUCUACUCUAUGGACCGCAAGCGCCGUUCAAGUCCCAUUGUAUGUUAAUGAGAGCAUAUAUUCACGUGGACUGCCACAAAUAAACUAAUGCCUGGGAAA